AUGUCGACUUUAACCAGAAAGGACGACAUUAGCUUCCUGAUUGACAAAAUAUCAAAAUUGGAGGAGAAAAUAGAAAAUACAGAGAGGGAAAGGGAAACUGAUUUAAAGCUCAAAGAUCUUAUAGAAGAAAACAAAAGAAAGGAAGAGUUCAUAGAAACAUUCAAAAUGAAUCACACAAACAUUCCUAAUCCCACGAAACUAAAAACCAAACUGAAAGAGUUUGAUGGAGAAAUCACGGAAUACCCUGAAUUCAUAGGAAUUUUCAGAAUGAUCGUGGACGAGAAUCCUAUGCUAUCUCAAUUAGAAAAAUUUUAUCAUCUUCGUUCAUGUCUUACUGGAAAAGCUGGCAAAGUAAUAAAACAUCUAAAGUUUACGGAAGAAAACUAUGUGACCAGUCUCCAAUUGCUACAGAGAACUUACGAUAGACCGAAUGAACGUAAAAGAGAGUUGAAAAUAAAAUUUAAAAGAAUACCAAGAUGCGCGAAGAACAUUGAAAAUAUGAAAGAGACGUUCCACGAUGUUAGAAUAAUUAUUGAAGCGUUGAAGGAGUUUACAUCAAUCGAUAAUUCGGAUAUCAUCGAAACCGUGUUAGAAAAGUUCCCUCAACAUAUCAUACGAGAAAUCUGUAAGAUUGAGAACAGACAGGGUUCAGAAUUGGGCGUAGAGAGAAUACUGAAAAUUAUAGACGAAGCUAUCAGCACCGAAGAGUACCUCUAUCACAGAAUUGAUCAAAAUAACUAUGACAUGCGGCCAUCAAUGAAUUUUAUGGCAAAACUGAAUGACGAUCAGAGCCAAAACAGAGCGAACUACAACUCAGGAAGAGUAAAUAUCGUCACAGAUAAAAGAAACGGUCCGCUUCCAUUCAGUAGGAGACCAGACCUCCAUGGAACGUCUGAAAAACUAAAAGGAAAAUAUUGCAUUUUCUGCAACAAAACCAAUCAUACAUCCAUAGAAUGUAAAAAAAGAAUUGAAGUGUACGAGAAAAGAGAGAUUGUGAGGAAAGAACGAGUUUGUUGGAUCUGUUUCUCAAAAAAUCAUAACUCGUACAAUUGUAAAGAGCCUAAGUGUAAGAGUUGUAACGAUGCUCAUCAUGACACUCUGUGUAGUAAAAGAAAUCUUAACUUCAAUACGUGGAACAGUGGGAAUAAUCUAUCGAACAAAUAUGCUAAUUACAAUGAAACGAAACCUACAGCGUCGGGAGGCAAUGCCGAGCCAUUAAAUGAAAAUUUUCGCUCGCGUCUGAGUUACAGACCCAACGAUUAA